AGUUUCACGUUUCAGCGAGGUUGCCAGAGAAACAUUCCCGCUUUCGGAGACUUUUCAUCGCUAUAAGAUUUACAUUACGUGUUGCAGAAGGGCCCGGAAACCGAAUUUGUGUUUCAUACGAUUGUAACAAGUGGAUAAGAAAGGACAUCGAAUCAAGGUGUAAUGAGGUGUCUGGUCAUGGACAGAUGAUGGAUGUGGAGACAACAACGCCAUACUCUGACUUCAUCAACUGUGAUCGUACAGGCCGCAGGAACGCAGUACCUGACAUCCAGGGACAGGGGGCAGCAGCCAGCACCAGUGAAUUAACCAAAGACAUGGAAGGGAUGGACCUGAAGGCGGCGGAAGGAGACUCUGGUGCAUCACCAGCCCCUAAGGGUGAAGGGUCGACCAGCCAAGAGGCCCAGGGAGGCGAGGGUCCAUCCUAAACCACCUCACAGGAGAGGAGAGCGGGACACGGAGAAGAAGGGACAGAAUAAGACAGAGAGAGGAUCUCCUGAAUGUCCUACCUGACUGGACCAUACUCCUCUCCUAGCUCAACAGUGAUGACAACAACAGUGAUGACAUCUUCUCUCACUGUGUAGCUUCUCCUUUUUCAAUUGGCAUUGUGGGAAACGUAGUUGACAGAACAGUUGUUGACAAGUAGGACUACAUCUGAUCUUGGCCUAGAGGUGCUGCUGGGCUACGGUGGUAAAGGAAAUGUUCUCAUAUCACUAUGAGAACGCACCGAACUUUGGAUCUAUGUCUCUCCAGAUGUACUGAACACUAUCCUUUCUUAGAAUGAAAUGCUGUUGUUCCAAACCUAACGUGGAACUCUCAUCAAAAACAAGAGCUGCACAGAAUCUAUAAUCAUGUUUGUCCUUUUUCUUUUUGUACGUUUGUGACCCAGUUUUCAUUUGUCAUUAUUUUACCUUACAAUAACACAUUAGUUGGAAUUACAAUGGAAUUGUAGGAUCAUAUUUAUUUCAAAUGGUUCUUUGAUACCUUUGUAAUAGUAAUUUCUUUUCUGUAAUAAAAUGUAUAAUAUC